AUGAAACCAGCAAUUGAAUUAAUUAAAAAAUAUCAAUCUAUGCCACAAGAUUAUCUGUAUCCAGUCUGGCAGAUAUUAGAUGUAAGGCCCACAUUUGUUGGUUACAGUUUAAAUGGUGGUCAAGUUUAUGGAACUUUUACUGAUAAACAAAUAGAGACAAUAACUCAACCUUUUGACCUACUUAAGGAAUGUGUUUCAAAAAUUUCUUGUCCAAUUGGCCUACCACCAGCUGGUGAAAGAAAUUGUGAUAUUCAUUUUGUGAUACCAUUUAUGGAAAUUAUACAUAUAGAAGCUGAAUAUCAUUAUGUUGAUUUAAUAUCUUCUGCUUCUGUAGCAUAUCAAAAGAGAUUUGGAAGGGUUGGACGACACAGUGAUUAUAUUUUUGGGCGUGAAUUUGGAAAUGUGGAAAAUUCAGGUCCUGAUACAAAAGAUCAUUAUGACAAAUCCACAACAGAUUUUUUAAGAGUAAUAAAAGUAGCUCAUGAUCAAAAUUCUGCUCUUCUGCAAGUUGUAAAUUUGGCAGCUGGUGGUUCAAUGGAUGCUAAUUUACAAUUAAUAGUCAACAAAAUAUCACUUAUUGGCAUUUGUAUUGUAGGUUAUACUAUAAGGGUGUAUGUUGUAUUUUAUCUUGGUAACGGGGUAUGGAUUUCAGAUGAGGAAGUCAUUAACAAUGCAAAAAAAAUAUUUUCAGCAGCUAUUACUUAUGCUUGUAAUAACAGGGAACUUCGAAAAAGUGCAGUGUUAACUCUGAAACAUGUAACUGAUCAUGAUAUAAUUGAUGAAAUUCCUAUACCAACAAAAAAACCUUGGGUAUAG